UAGAAAUGUUAUUAGUCUAGUAAAAACCUUUAAACCAAACAAACGUGAUAGUAAAUUGCAAUAUUUUUAUUAAAUAUUAAACAAAAAAAGACAUAAUAUAUAAUAUGGAACGUUGGCAAAAUAAAAUCGCUGUGGUAACAGGUGCCAGUUCGGGUAUUGGGGUAGCCAUUGUAAAAGAUCUUCUUAAAAAUGGCUUGCAAGUAGUGGGUUUAGCUAGACGUGUAGAACGUGUUGAGGAUAUUAAAAAGGAAUUGUCCAAAAAUUUGCAAACAAAAUUGACAGCUUUGAAAUGCGAUGUUUCCAGCUUAAAAUCGGUAAAUGAGACAUUUGAUAAAAUUGUCUCGCAUUUUGGUGGUAUAGAUAUUUUAGUAAAUAAUGCUGGUUGCCUGAAACUGGGAAAAUUAUCCACCAUGAAUGUGGCUGAUGUGGAACAAGUGUUGCAAACAAAUGUCAUGGGUGUCGUCUAUUGUACUCAGCGUGCAUUCAAAUCUAUGAAAGAACGUAAUUUUAAUGGUCAUGUUGUGCUUAUCAAUAGUAUAGCUGGUCAUAAAGUUAUAAGUGGUGUUCAAAUACCGGAAUACAAUAUUUAUCCGGCAAGUAAAUUUGCCAUAACUGCUAUUACGGAAAUCUAUAGACAGGAGUUUAAAGGAUUGGGUACAAAGAUUAAAGUUACUAGCAUUAGUCCUGGUGCUGUGGAUACUGAAAUUCUUAAUGAUGAUAUUAAAACUGCUUUAGAUGGUACGAUACUUAAAGCAGAGGAUGUUUCGUCGGGUGUUUUGUAUGCCAUUUCUACGCCACCUCAUGUACAAAUUCAUGAAAUGAUUAUUAAGCCAGUUGGAGAAAGUUUUUAAGUGAAUUUUAUUUGUUAAAUAAUAUAAAAAUAUUUUAAUAUAAUAAUAUUAUUGUUUUUAUACAAACGAAA